CACGUCUUCCAAAACAAAGAAAGGGAAAUUGGACAAAUCUCGGGGGAGAUUCUACCUUCUCCGCCGAGCUCCACUCUCUCUGCAGUGCGGCCCAAAGUCUAGCGAGUUGUUCAAUUUUGGUCUCGACUUGCAAAGGUGAGAUUUUGUUGAAUUUGACGAUUUUCUGGUGCGGUUCGUCCCUUGCGAUGUUUUAUUUUGAUUAGCCGCAUCGGUUCUCUGUGAUUGUAUACUUUAAAGUACUGUAUGCGCUUGAGCCUAAACAUUUGAUUUUGCCUGCGAAAUCUAUGGAAGUCCCCUCAAAAGGGAGAUUUAGGGGAAAAAUAACAUUUGAUGCUAGAGAUGUGGAGAUGAUCCUCAGAAUAUCAGAUGCAUUGAUAAUCAGGGCCAGUCCGAUCAUAUCUACUCUAAUAUUGUAGAAAAGGCUGAGAAGCAGAUACUAGGGUUGUGCUCGAAUUCCUGUGGCUGGGCGUUCAAGGGUUGUUUGAAAAUGUCGGAAGAUUUUUUAGAGUUUCUGAGGAAUAAAUUCAUUGAUGGCUUAGCGGAAGCAGAGGAUCAAGGGAGGCAACUGCCUACGCAUCGUCAAUUUCAAAGGAUUCGGGGCGUUUUGCUUAGAAAGGACAUCACCUCAUCCACGCCUAUCCAAAUGAUCCAAAUGAGGAAUACGCUCUACCGGCUCCUCGCUGUGUACACCGACUGCCUCAUCUUCUCAGAGAAGCACCCAAUCCCAAGCACCAAGUUUCUCUUGCCUUUCUACAAUCUCUUCCACUUCUGGUUUCUCAAAAGCACCAAGGAGGAGCUGGUGCGAAUCAAGAGAGAGCUUGGUCUGUAUCCGUGCAUAGAAGACUCCAAUGGCUCACCCGAUCAUAGUGAGGAUCAAGAAAGUCAAAGUCAUGAUCCAGAAAAUCAAAGUCAAAUUUGGUAUCCUCAUGUGUCGGAGAUACGAGGUUUUGAUAGACAAUUCUCAAAAAUCCGAAAUUGGCUUCUGCAAUCUGAUGAGGGAUUCAAGGACAUUGCAAUUGUUGGGAUUGGAGGUUCAGGCAAGACAGCUCUUGCCCGACAACUUUUUUAUGACGAACAUAUUCAGGGUGCCUUUUUCCCCACACUUUGGAUCAGCUUAUCAGGAAAGAUUGAUGCAGACAUAGACUUAAAUCAAGUUGUGGAAGACAUGUUAGUGGAGUUGACUACUGAGCAUGGACAUGAAAAGUUAAGGAGCUGUAGCACUGAGGAGCCGUUGUCCUCCCUUGGCCGUCGGUUGUUGGGUAAAAAGUACUUGAUUGUGCUUGAUGGCAUAUGGGAUGAAACCAGAGAUUGGUAUUUCAGUCUAGGCCAGGCAUUGAACUGGCCUGAUAGGGACUGCAAUAUCCAAUUUGGUAGAGACCAGAAAAGAAAUGGGAAUGCAGUUAUCAUUACUACUAGACUUGAGGAAGUGGCCAAAGGGAUGGUGGGUGAUAAGUAUCUGCAUAGCAUGGAAGGCAUUGGUAAGGAUGAGAUUUGGUCCAUGUUCAAUGAUGCAGCUGAUAAAAGCAAAUUGAAUCCUCAACAGAAUGAUAAAUUGAAGAAAUUGCAAAACGAAAUUGUGAAACAGUGUGAUGGCUUCCCUCUAGGUGUGAAGACAUUAGCUGAGAUCAUUCCAGGCGCAUUGGCUAAGGAUCAUUCCAGUGUCGAUGCAGAACCAGAGAGGGGACACAUUGACUCAGAUCAUUACAGUGCCACACAGAACCAUAGAGGGGACACAUUGACUGAGAUCAUUCCAAUGGAGGUCCAGAUUGAUGGAGGGGGGUAAUUUUCUUAGCUUUCCAACUGUUCUUGCUUUUUAUCUACAUUCACGGCUUCACAUUUAACUUUGCAUCAAAUGCCAUCAGACGUGGAGGUUGGUUUUGUAGUUAAAUUUGAUGCAAGUAUGAAUCAAUAGCCUGUCUGCAAGUAUGAAUCAAUGCCAUCAAAUGUCAUUUAUUUGCUUAUUUGUC